UAUACUGUGUAUGUUGUUCCUCAGUCAGUUGUUUAUUGCGCGAACGUCAAACAUCGAAACUUUCUUGGAGCAAAAUGGCUGGAGUUGAGAAUAUGGAAACCGAUGGUCAAGAUGACGGUGAUCCCAGAUUACAGCUGAUCACGGUGGUUUUUCGAGAUUUCUUGGUGAAAAAUCUGAAUUUGGGGGAAAAUUCAGAAUUUCUUGCCAAUCUAGUCAGUCACGGCCUUGGUGGUCAAGAUGUGUUAAAAUUUAAGGAUGUGAAUGAGCUCCUUGACCAUCUCGGUGAAAAAAACACGAAAGGCACAUAUUCUGCUUUCCUUAGUUCUCUGGAAGCCAUGGGAGAGUCAACACCAACAUUCAGAUACCUGGCUGACUUCAUUGAGGGCGUUCCCAAAGCUGUUAAGGAGUCAGAGUGCAGAGCCUACAUUAAACACUUGCUUCGAGCAUUCUAUGUGAGCCUUUGCGAUGUAAUCGUCCCAUCAAGCAUCAUUCCCCGCAUCAUGGGAGACCUCAGCGAUGGAGAGAGAGGGAAAAUCCAGCAGGUGUCUGCCAAUGACGGUCGUUAUUGUGGUGCCAUGUUGCUCAUUAAUAUCCUGUUCUUCAAGGGGCUGGACAGCAUUCGUAACUUCAUAGACGGUCUCCGUGAAAAUGGCAAUGGCAAGCUUGCUGAUGAGAUGUCCAACGUGAUAAGCGGGGCAGAUGAACUGGACACUUGUGAAAAAGUAGCAGCCAAAGCCUGUGACUGCAGUGAUGUCAACACAGAUACCAUGGUUGAUCAACCCGUUGCUUAUGGGGAGAGCACCCCCGUAGAAGAUAAUGCCAGUGGAUGUGAGUCCUUAUCAAGUACAGCAACACAGGAACCAACCUCAGGGGAGCCCACCCUAGCCUCUUCAACCGAUUCCCCCGGUUUGCCUCUGCAAUCAAAUGAUGUGAACCUCAAUACUUCCCAAGAGAAGAAAAGUCUCACAUCGGUAAAAGAGGUGCCGUCACAGGGAAAUAAUGUUGUACCUGAAGCAGCAGAAGCAGAGGAAGACGACAAUGAUGACAACACUCCAGAAAACGACGAAGAGGAGCAACCAGACCCUGUUCCCAUAGUACUCCGCGGCUAUCAGAAAGAGCUGGUCACUCCAGCAUUGCAAGGCAAGAACUCAGUCAUAGUAGCCCCUACCGGCUCGGGCAAGACUGUCGUCGCGGCCAGACUGAUCAAAGCCGUCCUGGACCAGGAACCUGGGGUGGGACCGCGGACCGGGAAUGGCACAGUGCCAAACAUUGUGGCCAACGGCUCCAAUAAAGUCAUAUUCAUCGUCAACAAGGUGCCUCUUGUCAAGCAGCAGUGUGAUGUUUUCAAGAAGUACAUUGACGGCAAACGCAUCAUGGGUCUAAGCGGAGAGAUGGGACACAUCGGUUCGCUGACCGACCUCUUGGAGAAGAAGGACGUCUUGGUCAUGACAGCCCAGAUCUUGGUCAAUUCGUUGCAGGGAGGCAAAGAUGACAACGAUCGCAUGGAGCUCUCCAAGAUUGGCCUGCUUAUCUUGGAUGAGUGCCACCACUGCCAGAAAGGAGAUCCCUACAAUGAAAUCAUGGCGGAAUACUGCACUCUCAAGUUGUCGGCUCCAGACAAGGAGAGACCACAGAUUCUUGGCCUGACGGCCUCAAUGGGUGUUGGCAAAGCCAAGUCCAGGUACAAGGCCCAGACGCACAUCCUGACCCUCUGCGCCAACCUGGACGCUGAGAAGCUGUGUACGGUGCAGGAUCCGCAAAACUUGGAAGAAUUGAAGAGAACGAGAGACAAGCCUACAGAAAUGAUCAAACCUGUACCAGGACGGAAGAACGACCACUUCAAGAAAGUCAUUGAACCAAUCAUGGCCCAGAUUGAAGACUUCAUCUCCAAAACACCUGGUGGGGAGAUCAUCCGCAAGGAAAGCCACGAUUUGAAAUGUCCACCGAGCCGUGGUACUCAGGUUUACGAGCAGUGGCUGGUCCGCAUGCAUAAGUACAUUGCCGGGGAGGUUGAGAAUAAUAGCGUGCGCCUACAACUGGUGACAUGUGUCGACCAUUUGAAGGAGUACAACAACAGCCUGUACAUCAACCGUGACGCCCGCAUCCAAGACGCUGUGGAUCAUCUCCAGAAGUACCUCAUGCGUCACGAGGACCAAGACAGAGCUGUCAAUUCCUUUGAGCAGCAGCUGGUGGAUUUGUUCAAAGAAAAGGAAGAGCUUCUCCAAAGCAUGAGACACAACAAGAACCCUAUGCUUGACUGCUUGUCCAAGACGCUGAUUGAAGCACUUGCGGGGCCAGGGCAAGAGAACUCGAGGGGGAUUCUCUUCUGCAGGACUCGAGCAGCUACCGAGGCACUGCUGGCCUGGAUUGACGAAACCCCAGACCUUAUGUUCCUCAAACCGGGCCGGCUGAUUGGAUGUGGCGGUACAGGAAUGACCCAGAAUCAGCAAACGGAGCUCUUGAGCUUGUUCAAGGAUGGAGACCAUCAGCUGAUUGUGGCUACAUCGGUGGCCGAAGAGGGCUUGGACAUUCAACAGUGCAACGUUGUCAUACGCUACAACUACAUCUCCAAUGACAUCGGCAGAGUGCAGGCUCAAGGGAGAAACAGAGCCAAGGACGGAAAGUUCUACCUGAUAGUGUCAGAAGAGCUCAAGCUACACGAGAAAGAGUUCAUGAACCAAAUCCGUGAGAAGAUCAUGUUUGAAGCGACCCAGAACCUCCAGAAGAUGAGGGAAGAUGAUUUCCUGGCACAGAUUGCCGAAAUUCAGAAGAAUAACAAGCUUGAGCGGAAACUGAAGAAGUUCAACUCCCGGCUGCUGAAGCACAACAAGAAACUGAUGAAGGUGCGGCUGAUCUGCCGCAGGUGCGGCGCUGAGGCUUGUACCGUGGAUGACAUCAAGUGCAUUGAGAAUGCCCAUCACGUCGUCUUGAAUGACACCUUCGAGGACCGCUGCAGAUUCAUCGACUUACCCAGCAAGAGCGUCUGCGCGGACAUGGAACUCCGCAAGCGGAUCAUGUGCGACAACAAGGAGAAAAAGUGCACGCAGGAUUGGGGGCACCAGAUGCUGUAUAAAGGCUGUGUGGUCAACCUCAUCUCCCCAAAAUACUUCGUCUUUAAGAUGGAGAAGGGGCCCAACCGCAUCUUUAAGAAGUGGAAGGACGCCCCGUUCAAGAUCGAGAAGCUGUUGCUGGAAGAGUUGGACAAGAUUGUCAACCCGCCCGGGGAGGAUGAUGAAGACGAGGAAUCUGAUGACCAAGAGGAGGCAGCUAAUGAAAGAGUCAACGGAGAUGGCAUGGAGGUGGAUACCGCAGUAACCACAGUACAGCCUCACCGAGAAAGAGCAUCCGCAAAUGCAGACUAGCUUUUGGUAACUUGAGUGCUGGUCUUAUUAGUAGUUCUUGUUUUUCUGCAUGAUGCUUAAUUAACGGUUUGGAAAAUAAGAAACUCAAGCAAAACUCUUUUAUAGACUGUACGCAAUGCCAAGUCCUAAUUCUUACUGAUUUCUAAGCAACACAGAAGUUAAACAAAACUCUUUUAUGAGAAACAAGUCCAACAGAAGGGUCAAAUAAGGUGUAAUAAUACAUUAUUUCGGGCAGUUCCACGGCAAGUUGUCAGACAUACAUGUACAUUUUGGACAACUCAACAGUGUGCAUAAGAAAAGUUAUGAUCAUAAAGUAGCUUUUAAUUCUGUGAAAAAAAAACAUAUCAGUUAGUUACUACAAUGAUUUAAAAAAGAAUUCAUCCAACUUUUGCUGUAGUAGAAAUUGGCUCAAAACAGCACAGUGUCGGACAUACUCAGAUAAAUUGCUUUUUUUGUGUACUUAACAACUACUAUUUCUGUUAAAAAUGAAAGUUAACAGCUGAACUGUUGAACAUUGUUAGAAAACAAAACUACAUUUCAAUAAAAAAUACAGAUAAUAAGCUGCGAAUUGAUAGCUUUAGCAUAGAGGUUUGUAUACCCAUGGAAUUGCCGUUUACCAACUGUAGAAUGUUAGAAAUAUAGUGCAUGGCUUUGAAAAACUCUGAAGAAAAGGUGAGAAUGUAGCAUGACAAAACAUAAACUGUGGUUAAAAUGCAAUUUAAAAAAAUCGUUCGCAGAUAGCAAGACAAGAAAUGCCUCAUUUUAAAUGUUUGAAGACGGUAGGGUCUUGUUGUUUGAACUUGUGGUUCUUGUUUCGUAUACAGCUGAACAACCUUUAUAUUUCUUAUAAUCAAAGAACAGUUUUUUAAUAAGGUGACAAAGUGAUUAGAGGCAAUAAAAAAUAAAACAGUAAUUUAUCAAAGGUAUUUAAUAAAAUCUGAAUGUACAUAUAUUCAUUUGAUUAUUAUUUUUUUAUUUUCUGGUAAUGAAACUAAGGGAUUCCAUUCCUCAAAAGCGCCCUGGGCA